AUGACGAGCUGUAGAUUCCUUAAAUUGUUGAGCAUAUGGGAUAAAUGCAAAAGUAAGUUCUUAAAAUCAAACUUUUCAACUUUAAACAAGUUUGAAUAUAGUUCUCCUACGGCUCUUUUAAAUUAUAAUAAUUCUACACCUUUAAGUACAAAUAAGCAAGAAAAAAAUAAAAUUCAUAACAAUGUAAAUCAUCUAAAUAAUAAACAAACCUCCUGUAAUAAUAAUGAAACGUUCUCUUGUAAUAAUGAGGAAUUUUUUGAAAUUAUUAAAAAAAAUAUUAAGAAAAAUAAAAAUAAAUACCAUAUAUUGAAUAUAUAUUGUAAAGAAUUAAUGUAUAGAAUUAACGAUUCAAAUAUUAGUGCUAAUAUCAUUACAAAAACAUUUUCGUUAUUAUCAUAUACCGAUUAUAAAAAUGAUCAUAGAAUAAGUGAAAUUUUAAAUCGUUGUAUUUUACGAUUAAACGAGUUUGAUCUAAUUCAUUUAUGUUCUUUGGUCAUAUCUUUAAGUAAAAUGAAUUUUAGGAGUGUGUAUUUUCUGGAACAAGUACAAAAGAAAUUUAUGAGAGAGCAAGAAAAUUAUUUUGAAAAACACUCUCCACAUUAUAUAUGUUUGUUUAUAAAUAGUUGGGUAAAAUUAAAUUGUAGCAGAAAAAAAAAUUAUAUAACAAAUCAUGCAAACCAUCAUCAUAAUAAUAGUAUAGAUCAUAUUACGGAUAAUAUUAAGAAGCAUGAUUACCAAGGCGAUCAUAUUAAUAAUAAACAUAUUAAUAAUAAACAUAUUAAUAAUAAAUAUUGUAAUAAUAAACAUUGUAAUAAUAAACAUUGUAAUAAUAACCAUUGUAAUAAUUACCAUUGUAAUUACCUAUCCCAUAUUGAUCAUAGGGAGAGUAGCGAAAAUGUUCAAAUUAUAAAUUUCCUGUUAUCCAAGAUAAUCCACAGAAAAGUAGAAGAAUACAGCUUAAUAGGAAUAAGCUUAUUAUUAUAUAAUAUAUCUAUCCUUAAAUUAUACAAGUACUAUUCUUUAUUUUCUUUAUUUGAAAAUCAUAUAAUUAAGACAAAAAGUCAUUUGAACAUUAUACAAAUAGUUAAUAUAUUAACAGCUUAUAAUAAUGUAUGUUUAUUAAAAGGGAACUUUUUAAUAGAAUUGUUAGAAUGUAUAAAUGUACAAAUGGAGUCUUGUUAUUUUCAUCAUUUGGUAAGGUUGAUGAAUAUAUCCUUCUGUUUUAUGGGGAACCAUAAUAAGGAUAAAAUCGACAUUUAUAAUAAAAAUAUGUUCCAUAUUCAUAAAAAUAUCUCCGUUGAUGAAUUCACACAGAUUUCUCAUUUUAUUACCAAUUUAUUUAAUCAACUUGUUAAAAACACAAAAAAUUACUGUAAAAAGAAAGAUGUCAUAUUAUUAUGUGGGACCUUAUCGAAAUAUAAAAAAUGCAUAGAUAAGAAUUUUACAAACACCUCUUCUCCACUUUCAUCUAUAAAUAUGAAUUGCCUGUUUUACGCAAUUCGUAAUAAUGUAAAAAAUUUUAUAAGUCUGUACAAUCAUGUUGAAUUAUCUAUUUUAUUAUAUUGUUAUUCUCUUUAUGAAAUCAAGGAUCUAUUUUUAUUUCAUAAAAUAAAAUUAAGAAGUUUAAAAAUAUUCAUCACUUUUAAUCAAAUAACAUUUUCAUAUUUAUUUAAGGCUUUUCAAAAUAUGAAAAUAAAUGAUCUUAUAUUUGAAAACGCUUGCUUAAAUAAAAUUUUACAAAUCAAUAAAUUUACCUGUCCCAAAAGUUUACUCUUUACAUUAUCUGCAUUCUCAUCUUUACAUAAAAAAAAAAAAAAAAAUCCCAUAAUUGAAGAUAUAUGGCAAGUUAUAUUUAGAAACUUUCAAGAUAUUUUUAUUAACAACUUUUAUGAAUUAACAAACAUAAAGAAAGAUGGAAAUAUUAUACAAAAUAGAAAUAUUGCCAUACCAUCUUAUUUAUUAUAUAUAGACGAAGAUAAUAUGGCUAGCUACUCAAUGGUUAUGUGUCCAAAAAAUGAAACAUUUUGUUCUUUCCAAAACAAAGAAAAAACAGAAAUAAAAACAAAAAUAAAAACAGAAAUAAAAACAAAAAUAAAAACAGAAAUAAAAACAAAAAUAAAAACAGAAAUAAAAACAAAAACAACAAACAAAAAAAGCAAUUUGAUUAAGGGAGAUACACUAUGUAUGCUAGUACAUUUUUUUUCAAAAGCCAAAGAAUUUCAUUUGAUUUAUGAACUAAUAAUUAUAUUAAUUAAUGAAUAUGAAAAUUAUAAAAAUAUUCUAUCAACACACAAUUGUAUAAGUUUAUUAAAUUCUAUGGGUACUCUCUGUGCUCAUAUGAAAAAUGAAAAAAGUAAUAUUUUCUGGAGAAAUUAUUAUCUUUUUAUAAAUCAAUUAACAAAGAAAAUAUUGGUAAGUGUAGAUUUGUAUGAAACAAAAUAUUAUCUUAUAAAUUUCUUAAGUGCUUGUGGUAAAAUUUUUCAGUCUUACAUUUCUAUUAUAUAUAAAAUAAAUGAAGAACAAAAAAAUGUUUGUUUUUAUUUGAAAAAUAUUUUAGAUAUUUUAAUUACACCUUUAAAUAAAUAUAUAAAUGAGUUCACUUUAGGUGAUAUAGGAAUUCUGUUCGAAACAUAUAAUAAAGAAAAUUAUUUACAAGAAUUCAUUUAUACGACACCAAAGGAAAAGGAUGACCAUAUAAAAUUUUCUUUUGUAAAUAAAAUAAUAAAUAGAUUAAUUGAUUUAUUAAAUCAUAUUAAUGAAAAGGAUUAUAAAAAUGUCAUAAUUAUUAUGAACAAUAUAAUCAAAAUUAACAAUUUCGAUAAAACAAUAUAUAAUUUAAUAAUUAAAAAUUAUAUUCUUCAAAGCUUUUAUUAUGAAUCUAUACCUAUGUUAUCACAAAGUAUUUUUUAUAUAUGUAUAAAUGUUUUAUUUAGGGAUAUUAUUAUUAACACACAACAAAUCUAUUUAUUAAAAUAUUUAUUCAAAAAAUUAUUUCAACAAUUUAUAAAUCAAGAGAUAUUUCUUUUUUCUACACAAAAUGAAUGUUUCCUUAUAUCAGAUAAAUAUAUUAAUAAUAAUGAGUAUAAUAAUAUGAUGAGUGACACUAUAUUUAUUAAAUCUUUAAUAUAUUUAUGUCAAUCUAUUUUUAUCAUAUUAUUUCAUAUGUCUAACAUAAAAGAAAUAAGUUAUGAAUAUAAAAUCAAAAGUAAAGUUAUUAAAGAGGAAAAUAAUGAAUUGUUAAAUUCUAUAACUUUUUUACGACUUUAUUUAACAAUUUUUAUGUUUACUGAAAAAUGCAUAAUACAAGAGGCAUAUCAUUUUAAAAAAAUUAAAAAUUUUACAAGUUUUGAAAAUUCGAGUAUCACACAUGAAAUAUAUAAUAUUGUUAAACAUAUACCUGUCAAAAGUUACUACACAUCUUUACUUUUUUAUAAACUGCUUUUAAUUAAAACUUAA